AUGGAGGUUUCUGCCUCCAGGUUCCACAUCGACUCCCUGCUCUCCCUCAGGCCGCCCGGCGCGCUCCUCUCCCGGGCGGAACCUCCGGAGCUCAGCCCGGGCAGCAGCAGCGGCUGCUCGGCGCCUCCCUCCCCGCGGAGAGAGCCCGUUCCCCGGCUGGAUUCUCCUCUGCUGCCCGGUCCGCUCCAGCCCCGCUCCGUCAGCUCCUCCUUCCUGAUCCGGGACAUCUUAGCGGACUGUCGGCCUUACUCUGAUCCGGUACAGGUCUACUCUGAUCCGGGACAGGUUGGACUGGAAGCCGAUCCGUUCCAGUCCGGACCGGAUGAAUUCUACCAGGAUAAAAGUCUGAGCAGUUCCUCUUCUGAUACCGAGUCCAGAGGUAGGAGGACAGCAGAGAAAAAUACAGCAUCUUACAGCACCUGUGAAUCUCUUUCACUUUUAAAACAGACCUGGUCCUCACUCUGUCAGUCAAUAAAAUCCUCUGGUCAUGAUCAGACCUUGAGAUGUUCCAGGACCUGCAGAGCGUUUGAACGCUCACUGACCAGUCAGGUGAUGUCGUUUCUACCUGUCCAUCUCUCAGUGCAGAUCGGGAGCUCGGACCCGGCCGCCGGACGCCUGAAGAAACCUCGUAAAGCUCGGACGGCGUUCAGCGACCAGCAGCUGUCGAGGCUGGAGAGAAGUUUCCAGAAACAGAAGUACCUGAGCGUCCAGGACCGCAUGGAACUGGCUGCUUCACUGCAGCUCAGCGACACCCAGGUCAAGACCUGGUACCAGAACAGGAGGACCAAGUGGAAGCGUCAGUCGGCUGCUGGUCUGGAGUUACUGGCUGAAGCCGGCAGCAUGUUCCUGCCCGCACACUAUCUGUACCCUCCUGCCCCGCCCACCCUGGACCUAUACCUGUACAGAAGCCACGCCCACCACCACACGGCCCCGCCCCUGCUUCCUCGCAUCCUGACCCACACCGAACCACAUCCUCGCUGACUGGUUCUGACUGAAUGACGGCUCGUUGACGGCUGGAGAUUAAAAACCUGAAAAAUGUUUUCCUUUUGAUUUUUAGCAGAAUAAAGUUACAGAGACUUUUUCCUCUGCAGGAAUGUUACCAACAUGUUUCCAUCGUCUCUGCUCGCUUCAGGGACGAGGUCCUGGAUCCAAGUUCAGGAACUUUCAGUGCUGCUGAUCGCAGAGUAACGGGGCAACAGGACCAGGCUUCAGUCGUAUCUGUAAAGGAGCUGGAAGCAGAAAGUGAAGCAGCAGAUUUCUCAGCGAUAAAAAACACCACAGGGAAAACUUGAACCUUUUCUCCAUCAAGUCAAACUGUAAUGAAACUGUACUCACCAACACAUCAUCACAUCAUCACAGGUGUUUUUAUAAGAACUUUCUUCUGAAUGUGUCUGUGGCUGUUAGAGUUCAUUUUUUAAAUUUUCAAUAAAUAAGAAAAGAAUUCUCAGUAUUUUUGUCGUUUUGCUGAUUUUUGUUUUAAGAGUUUGUUAAAGUGAGUUUACGACAAAACAAAGUGAAGAGAAACUAAAGGGUCCGAACAGUUUCGGGUCCUGGUCUAGUGAGUUUUUAUGGACUCGUCUUAGUGACAUGGGAUUUUUACUUGGCCUUUAUCACUGGAUGUGGUUUGACGGGGACUGAUCCAGUCUCGUUCUGGACCACUCAUCUGAUCUUCUACAGUCUGUGGACCUGAGUGAGUCCACUUAAUUUAGAUAUAAAAGGUCUCGGUUCAUGAUCCCGAAGGACCAGAACAUUUAAAGAUGUUCUGUUAACAAAUAUAUUUCCUGUUCAGUCGUCCAAUCAAACAACUGGACAUUUAAUCCAAAAUCAGACGUUUCCAGAGCGAUCAGCUGAUCAAAUAUUAAACAGGCUGAAAUAUUAAUGAUGUUAAAAGGCAGCGAUUACACAUCAGAAUGACCAGAGAGCUGAAUAUUUCCUUAAGUGCUGCAGAGUGUGCUCCAGUAGAAACAGGCUUUUACUUCUGCAGAGCGUCAGAGGUUUUAAAGUUCUCCUCCAGUUUGACUUUUUUUAAAACCUGCGUUUAUUUGUAUUUUGCAUCGUUUUAUCAGACAAAGUCCAGCAGAGUGAAAACAUUCAGGGUUCUGUUGUGGUGAACAGAGAAACAAACACAUCAAGACAUUUGGUCGGCUCAUGAUUCUCAUUGGUCGGACAAAUGCAGGAAACUCCUCCUCCCUCUGCCUCAGUCAAUUCAGAGGUCGUUCUCCAUCUCCUCCUACGUCUUCUCUCUUUAUGGCAUCGCAGUCAUUUCAGUAAAAGUAACUGCUGUUCAACGUCAGUUCACUCCAACUCCAACAUGAAGAAACUCAACACAGAAACUCCACCGCCACCUGGUGUUCAGGUGGUGUUAUUACAGAAACCAGGUACGAGUCAGUUCAACACAGAAAUAUAAA